ACUUAUCGCAUAUUCGAUUUGUAAACUUGUUCUUGAUGUAAACCAAAGCUGAAAGACUCUUUCAACACUUGUCGUACAAUCAUAAAAUCAAUACAAAUUAAGGGUAGUUUGAAAUUAGUUUAAUUGUUAGGUUUUUAAAAUAAUUAGAGAUAGGGAAUGCCAUUUUACUAUUACACAUUGUUCAAAAUCGAACAACAAAUGAGUUUAGCUCAACGGAAAUUAAGUUUAUUAAUAAAAAUAGUGUUCUAUAUUUGAAUUAUCCAACCUACCACUUAUAUUCCUAUACACAAAUGACAGUAGGAUAAUCUUUUUUUUCAAAUUUAAGGGGUGUCUCUCACUAUAAUUAUAUUUUUUUGUCCAUACGUAAAUUACCACCGGGGUUGGAUGAUCGUUUUUUCAAAAUUUAGGUGUGUCCGGGGACACCCCUAAACCCCCUGGGUCUGCCCCUGGUAGCAAUUUUCAAUACCACGGGCCAAAGUAGAAAGUAUGAGUAUAGUUCGGGCCAAACUAAGGUAUUAACCCUUUAAUUUAAUAGAUUUGUGUUAUGCAUCAGGAAGAAUCUGGUUUGUUUUCUGUGGUUUGCUUUGUCGUGUUUGUGGUUUGCAUUAUGUAGUUUUUGAAAAUUAUAUGGUUUGCUUUGUUAGAUUUCUGGUAUGUUUUAUCGCAUUUAUGAUUUGUAUUAGGAGGUUUCUAGUGUGAUUUAGAACUAUGUGUAGUUUGCUUUGUAGUGUUUCUAAUAUGCUUCAGCCACUGCUCCGAGAUUAUCCAGAGGCCUCCCUUUCACAAGCUUGCUUACUUCAAUAUACUUUUAGUCGAAGGAAAACAUGAAAACAAAAGCACAUAAAAACUAUUAAAGAUAAAUGGAAUCGAUCAAGCGAUACAUUCAAACAAAAGUGGAAGUCGCUAAUCCAUAUACCUUUGUGAUUUUGAGUUUAUUGAACACAUCCUGAAGGAACUUUAAUUCUAAAUCAUCUCAUACUCGCUCUUGGCAUUGAAAUUGACCUUGUGCAUCGAAGUUGAUUCAUCAUUCAUUAACUCCAUCUCAAUAUCGACCAACAAAAGUCAACACGGCGUGAUACCCACCGGUGGAAACCAAAUCAAAUCAAGAGCACAAAGGAAAAAGAUACAAUCAAGCGUCCAACCGAGCAAACUGCAUCGUAAUCGCCAGAAGGUGAAAUUUACCUUGUUCGGCGGUGAGCGUUGGGAUGUCGAAGGAGAGGUAAUCAAAGUAAAUAUGGUGAAAAGGGUCGUAGGGAGUCAGCGGAAGGGUUUCGGUCGGGCGAGAACUAUGUAAUGUGGUGGUUCUUUUGUUUCUCUCUUUCAGCAAGCCGCACCUUGCCGGCGGCUCGCUCAUCAAUGAUGAUUUUUGGUUUGCUGCCGAUGGCAUCCAUCAGAGGCCAGUAAUCGCGGCCGGAGAAAAACGAGAUCCGGUGGGGGGAAAGGAGAGGCGAAAGGCGGGUUGAAGGAGAGUAGUUGGCGGUGUGGUUGUGGUCGGGUGGGAGUUGACUGGUGCGAUGGCAAAGGAUCAGCGCUGGAGAAAACGAAAAAUCAGUUUGUGUGGGAUACAGUGCUGCCCACCAUUGUUGUUGGGAGGGAGGAGAGUAUUUAGAUUUGUUUUCUUAUCUAUUUUUAAUUUAUUGUUAUAUUACUAAUUUGCCCUUAAUGGAUCUUGUAGUUAUAGUAACAACAAAUAGAGUGUUGUUAUACUAUCUUGUCCCGUUUUCCACGCUACCUAUCAAUUAUCAACAUUGCUGCCAAACCAUCGGCCGCCACUUAGCCUGCUACCCUUAUUUGUCUCCUCAUCAUGUCCAUAAGUACCCGUUUCAAGUUCUCCCCUCACAAGCAAAUUAAAGCAGUGGGCUAGCUAGCAAAAAAAUUCCGGCAACUAAUCAAUUAUGUCGUCCGAUCUCUUCACCACCGCGGUGGCUUCCAUCCUUCUCCUCUUCUCCGCAGCUUUCUACCUGCUGCGGAAGAUCACCAACCCCGGCAACAACCGCCGUAAGCUCAACUUGCCGCCAUCUCCACCGUCUCUGCCACUUGUCGGAAACCUCUUCCAGAUGAGCAAGCUCCCCUACCGCUCCCUCCGCACCCUCUCCAAAACCUACGGCCCCAUCAUGAUGGUCAAACUCGGCGCCAUCCCUUACGUCAUCGUCUCCUCCCCCGACGCCGUCCAGGAGCUCACCGACAAGGACCACGACGUCAGCUUCUCGGGAAGGCCCCGGUGGAAGGCCUCGGACGCCCUCUUCGGCGGCGGCACCGACAUCAUCUUCUCCUCCUACGGCGAGUACUGGCGCCAGAUGAAGAAAAUCUGCUUGGUCGAAGUGCUCAGCCAGAAGAGGGUGAGCCAGUUCCGCUACAUUCGCGAGCAAGAGGUCGAACACCUGGUGGGCAUUCUCAAGGACGCAUCUAAAAACAAAACCGCGGUGGAUCUCAGCGAAGCCAUCUCCACCUUCGCCAACAACGUCAUCUCCAGAGCCGCCUUCGGCAAAACGUAUAAUAACAGCGGCGGCGGGGACGAAGAGAACUUCGUCCCGCUGGUGAGCAGCGCGCUGGACCUCCUGGCGCGAUUCUGCUUCAAGGACUCGUUCCCUCUUUUGGGAUGGGUCGACUCGUUGACUGGGCUGGACAACGAGAUCAGACGGGUGGCCCAGAAGGUCAACGACCUCCUGGACCGAAUCAUCGACGACCACAGAACGACAUCGGAUUGUGUUCAGUUGUCGUCAGAGAGGCAGGAUGUGGUGGACAUCCUGCUGAGAGUACAGAAGGAGAGAGCAGAAGAAGCAGUGUUGGACUUAAAAUUCACCGACGCGAACAUCAAGGCCAUCCUCCUGGACAUGUUCGCGGGAGGGACCGACACCAUCGCGACGACACUGCAGUGGGUGGUGUCGGAGCUGGUGAGGCAUCCGUCCGCGAUGAAGCGGGUGCAGGAGGAAGUGCGGAAGGUGGUCCGGAUGAAGUCGCGAAUCGACGAGGAGGACGUCGGUGCGAUGGAGUACUUGCAGUGUGUGGUGAAGGAGAGUAUGAGGCUGCACCCACCUGCGCCGAUGUCGGUGAGGAAGGCGACGGAUGAUGCGGAGCUGAAAGGGUACGACGUUCCGAAAGGGACGAUGGUUAUGAUCAACGUGUGGGCGAUCAUGAGGGAUCCCGAGAUCUGGGACAGGGCGGAGGAGUUUGUGCCGGAGAGGUUUCUGGCUGAGCCGUUGGAUUUCAAGGGUCAGACGGGGAAGUUUUUGCCUUUUGGGGUCGGGAGAAGGUUGUGCCCCGGGAUAACGAUGGGGAUUCUGGAGGUGGGGCUGGUGGCGGCCAAUUUGAUGUGCUGGUUCGAUUGGGAAUUGCCGGAAGGGGUGGAGGAGUUGGAUAUGAGCGAGUGGAGCUCUGUGGUUCUUCGUAGGGAGACACCUCUUUCUCUGGUUCCGGUCCUGAACUCAUCGUUGAAUCUUUGAAGGCUCCGCCGGUAGGAGAAUAUGUAGAAGCUGAUCUGUAGCAAUGAUUUUCGAAUGUAAUAAUUGGUCGAGCCUCUAAGCGCAAUGUGUAAUAGUUUCCUACUUUCUAGUGGUUGUAAGCUUUUAUAAAAUGGAAGCACUUGGAUAUGACACUUUGUCUAGUGUUAUUGUUGAAGUAAUAACUAAUAAUUAUGUGUUCCUUUUAUAAAAAUUUUGUUUGUUGCCUCCUAGUUCCUAUAUAUGCAUAUAGGAUGUAGAACAUGUUAGAUUCAAGCUUGAACGGAGUAGUGAUGUUUUAUCGAGAGAAAAAAAAAUAAAUAAAAAAAGGAAUCGUGCAUGAUAAUUUAAUUUUGAAUUUUUUUGAAGAUAAGAAUUCUACACAGAAAUUCAUUAGACAAUGAAUUCUACACGACACUUUAGUGAUUUGAAUAUAACAUACCAAACAUAGGAUUUCAUUUGAUAAUGAAUUCUACACGAUAAUUCAUUUUACAAUGAAAUAAAUUCUCGAUUCAUUUGGUACCAAACGGUCUGUUAGGGUUCAUUUCACAUUCCUUCUUUCCAUAUUAAGGAAAUAAUUCAUUGGAAAUUAUUUCCAUAUAAACAAUACACCAUGAGUUCACUGGAAAUUUAGAGAUUUUGUCUAAAAAAAAGAGUAUUAUGCAAAAUUCAAUUCAAUAUACACUAGCUGACUAUCCUCUUGUGCCUCAAACUGUGAUACGCAAAUUCAAUUUCCACCAUUGCUUCUAAUAGUGGGACAGUCAAAACUGCUUUUCCUUUUUCCUUCCACGAGACAUCAUUCCUUCCAGUUUCUUUCUUUUUUAUCAGACCUUCUUGAUCUUGUCCACUUCCUCGCAGUUGUGCCCAAAUAUCCCACAUGAACUACACGCAUAAGGCACAUUACAUUGUUGCACAUCCACCAUAAGCUCAAAAAGAUUAUCUUUUACAACCUAAAGCCUUUAAGGAAAGUUAUUUCUAGCACCCAACUCAAGGCAUGCUUUUACAAACCCUAAACGAGUUCCCUGCUUGGUCGCUUGAUCCAUGACAUUAUUCCAUAUAGAGGAGCUUGCCUUAAAGACUGGCAAUUUGACUUAGACCAUGAUUAUCCACUAGUACAACAUGAAGAUUGAGAGGCUUUGCCCAAAUUGGAGGUUUGGAGUUAUCCAUUGUCCUCGUGUGGAUGUCAAGCUUCCAACGCAACGCCUCAAGAAUAGAGGACGGUGGCGACAGUGCCAAGGUUCCCAUUCGAAUACCCAAUUGGAUAUCUCUCAGUAGGGAACUGAAAAACAAACAUUGAACCACCCAGUCCAAAAACUCUAAUUUUGUCGUGCAUUUCCCCAAAUCUAAUUGGCCAAAGAACGAAUCACCACGAUUGAUGGUGGCGUGCCAAGAAACUGGCCUACAAGCGCAUUCUCCCAACGCUUGGCUCCUUCCUCAAUUACUUCCCUCUGAUCCACUAGGGGACAAGCUCGGAGCGCCUACUUGAGCGAAACACCAUCGUUGACAGCAACCAAUCGGCUGCAAAACUCGUUAUUGGGAGAGCGAGAGAGAGAGAAAGACGAGAGCGUUGGAAGGCCUAAUAUUCAAAUUAAAUUGGAAGGAGUUAAAAAAAACCAUUUCAUUGAAGUGGGUGAACUUUGAGAAUGAAACUAUCACUAAAGUUGAAAUCAUCGAGAUUUUACAUGAUAUAAAAUAGGAUCGAAAUA